AUGUUUCGUCUUCUCGUUACAGUCGCAGCAUUCCUACUGAUUGACGCGAAAUUGUUAAGAAUUCCAUUAUACAAGACACAUUCUAUUCAAAAAUCUUGGAAAGAAUCAGGCAUACAUCGUCGACAGAUUAGUUUGAUUUCGCAUAAGGGCAUAAAAGAAUAUAUGUUUUAUGAUCAUAAUUAUUCGUACUAUGUCAUUAUUUCAAUUGGAGUUCCACCGCAGCACUUUAAAGUACUAAUCGAUACUAGUACCUCAAAUUUUUGGGUACCAUCCAAAGAAUGCCUUCUUAAUUGCACGUCACAUAAUGCAUAUGACAAUACAAAGUCUGCCACAUACACAUCAAGUGGAGAUACAACAUUCCGUAUUGUAUAUAACGGUGGAUAUAAUAUAUUUGGAUAUUUGUCAACUGAUAUAGUAAAUUUUGCUGGAUGUAAUAUUGAAGAUCAAAUAUUUGGAGAAGCGGUAACUGGAUUCGGAUCCAGUUCUGACUAUAAGAAAUUCGAUGGUGUCUUGGGAAUGGGUUACCUUGAGAUGUCUUCCGAAGGAAUGACUUCUAUUUUUGUAAACAUGAUAGAACAAGGCUUUGUAGAGCUACCAGUUUUUAGUAUCUAUUUAAAUCGAAGGCCCACGGCAGGUGGUGAGUUGGUGUUGGGUGGUUUCAAUUACGCUUAUUACACUGAUGAGUUAACGUAUGUUAAUGUUACCCGCAGAGGAUACUGGCAAUUUACCAUGGAUAAGGUUCGAAUAGGAGGUACCACUGUAUGCGAGAACCGUUGUCAAGCUGUCAUCGAUACGGGCACCUCCUAUCUAAUAGGACCAUCAUCGGAUCUGACCGGAGUUAUUGCUCCUCACAGACAGACAUAUGUGAAAUGUGACCAGAUUUCUAAUGUGCCCAAUGUGGAUCUUUUCAUAGGUGGUAAUAUAUUCAGACUCACUGGUAAAGAUUAUAUUUAUAAGACUCUCUUGAAGAAUCAAAAUGGAUUUUGGGUAAUGUAUUUCUUCGUCGAUACUAUAUUGAGUUCGACGUUGGGAAAAAAAGACUAG